GGUUGACGUCGUAACGGUUCGCAAGAUUAAAGUGGUUCUAUUACUUUUAUUCAGUCGAUCGUCUCUUCACUAAGAAGAGAUACACCGAGGAUAACGCUAAGCAAACAUGGCGUUGACGUUAGCACUACCCUUAUUCGGCCUAGACCCGGAGCAUUUUUCCGCACUGAGCAUGAAGCUUCUUAAUAUUGAGCGCGAACAGAAUUUGAGGAAUUCGUCCGAUUCUGGGCGAACUUCUCCAAGUACCGGAAGCGAAUCCAGUGGCAUCAGCAGUCUCGCAACGUCCGCCGAAUCGACGCCAAUCGAAUUAACGCCGAUUUCAUCAAGAUCAGAGACACCCACUAGAGUGCCAUGUCAGAACAAGAACCAGGAGAAGACUGUUCGCGUAGUAUACGGAGGCCGCGAUAUAUUGAAUUUGGGAGCGAACAUCAGACCGUCGCUCGACUGGCAAAUGAAAGAUCGAACAUUGUCCCGACACAAUAUUCAAGAUUUUAUAACUAAUCGUUUAGUGUAUCAUCGAUUGCGUGAGCAGCCGCUUACCAAGGAUUAUCUAACGAAACGUUGCCACGAAUGCGAGUUUUGCGAGCCGUCGUCCAUCUUUUGAUAUCGACUUAACCGUAACGAAACGAUUAACGACAACAAAGUCCUGCGUACAACGUCAUGGAUAACUGAACUGUGAUAGACCGGAUAAGCGGCAGCCGGAUGGAGACGUACCGUAAAUCGAGGAACGUAUGGAAAUAUAAAUCUAAUAUUUAAAAUUUGAUACCCGA